AUGGCGCAACACACACCGGCACUGCUAUUGAUGCUUCUCCUUUGUACCCCUUCUGCCAACUCAUCAUUCCAGCCAGCCCUGGUGUUAGAAAUGGCCAAGAUUCUGCUGGAAAACUACUGCUUCCCUGAGAACCUGAUUGGGAUGCAGGAGGCCAUCCAACAAGCAAUCAACAGCGGAGAAAUCCUGCAGAUUUCAGAUAGGAAGACCUUGGCAGCAGUGUUAACAGCCGGAGUACAAGGGGCACUGAACGAUCCACGGUUGACUGUGUCAUACGAGCCCAAUUUCGUCCCUGUGAUGCCACCAAUGCUGCCAUCUCUCCCAAUAGAACAACUAAUCCGGCUGGUGAGGAACUCUGUAAAGCUGGAUAUCCUGGAAAACAACGUUGGCUAUUUGCGAAUAGAUCGGAUCAUCGGGGAAGAAACAACAGCAAAGCUUGGCUCCCUGCUGAGGGACAACGUCUGGGACAAAGUUGCUCACACAUCCUCACUGAUUUUUGACCUGAGGUACAACACUGCUGGACACUUAUCUGGAGUUCCCUUUAUAAUCUCCUAUUUCUCGGACCCUGAGCCCCUUAUUCAUAUUGACACUGUGUAUGACAGGCCCUCAAAUACAACCAGGGAGCUCUGGACCAUGCCAUCAAUAAAGGGAGCAAGCUAUGGAAAGAAGAAAGACGUUAUUAUUUUGACCAGUAAGCGUACCAUGGGGGCUGCUGAGGCAGUGGCAUAUACACUAAAAAACUUAAAGAGGGCCAGCAUAGUUGGAGAAAGGACUGCUGGUGGGUCGGUAAAAGUCCAAAAGAUUAGGAUUGGAGGAUCAGACUUCUACAUAACAGUUCCCGUGGCCAGAUCUGUCAGUCCAAUCACAGGCCAGAGCUGGGAAGUAAGUGGCGUUUCCCCAACAGUCAACGUCGUCGCAAAGGAAGCUGUCACAAAAGCAAAGUCCCUUCUGGCUGUAAGGAGAGCCAUUCCAAAAGUGGUAAAGAGUAUCUGUGACAUAAUCGAGAGGUUGUAUGCUUUCGCUGACAGAGUUCCAGCUCUUCUUCAACAUCUGCAAUCUACAGACUUAUUCUCGGUUGUAUCUGAGGAGGAUCUUGCAGUCAGACUCAACCAGGAACUCCAGACUGUGUCCGAAGAUCCACGACUGAUCAUCAAAUACAUACAAGACAAUGUGGCCACUGUAGAGGAGGAUUCCGAGCUUUACAAAGUUCCUGAUGAUCCAGAAUUAUUAAAAGCACUGGUUGAUACAACAUUUAAAGUGAAAAUUCUCCCACGCAAUACUGGAUAUCUCCGUUUUGACAAGUUUGUUCAGUCAUCUGCACUGACUAAAAUGGAAGAGGUCAUGGCUAAAAAGGUGUGGGAGCCCCUUAAAGACACUAAUAAUCUGAUUAUUGAUCUACGCUAUAACACUGGUGGAUGCUCUACCUCUCUAGCUCUUAUACUGUCUUAUCUGCAGGACAUUUCCCAGAAGCAUCACUUUUUCACAAUAUAUGACCGAAUUCAGAACACGACAACAGCAUAUGACUCUCUUCCCCAAAUUACAGGACCUACCUAUGGCUCCAAACGUGGGGUUUACGUGUUGACCAGCUACUACACAGCAAGCGUCGGUGAAGAGUUUGCUUACCUGAUACAGUCUCUACAUCGUGGUACAGUCAUUGGGGAAAUAACAUCUGGUACCCUAAUGCAAUCAAAAACGUUUCAAAUACAGUGGACAGACCUUGCCAUCACUGUCCCUUUCAUAAACUUUAUAGAUAACAAUGGGGAAUGCUGGCUGGGAGGUGGUGUGGUCCCUGAUGCCAUUGUGCUAGCUGAGGAAGCUGUGGAACACGUAAAUGAAAUUGCAGAUUUUCAUCAAGGGCUCAGGUCCGUAAUGGAGGGAACUGGGGCACUGCUAGAAAAACACUAUGCAAUCCAUGAAGUUGCCCUAAAGGUCAGCAAGGUGCUGUUGAGCAAAUGGGCUGAGGGACUGUACCGGUCAGUGGUUGACUUUGAAUCUUUGGCAUCUCAGUUAACAGCAGACCUCCAAGAGGCUUCAGGCGAUCACCGCCUCCAUGUCUUCCAUUGCGACAUCGAGCCUGAGCCACUUCAUGAUGUUGCAAAGAUCCCUACAGCAGAAGAAGUGGGAUAUAUAAUUGAUGCUUUGUUUAAAAUUGAGCUUCUGCCAGGUAAUGUCGGCUAUCUAAGAUUUGACAUGAUGGCAGACAUAAAGGUGUUAAAAGCCAUUGGCCCACAGCUAAUAAAAUUAGUAUGGAGCAAGAUAGUAAACACAGAUGCCGUCAUAAUUGACAUGAGGUACAACACUGGUGGUUAUUCGACAGCCAUUCCCCUUCUGUGCACCUAUUUCUUUGAUGCUGAACCUUUGCGGCAUCUUUACACAGUCUUCGACCGCACCACAACGACCAUGACAGAGGUCAUGACAUUGCCUCAAGUUGGGGGUCAAAGGUAUGGGUCCACCAAGGACGUCUACAUCCUCACCAGUCAUAUGACCGGGUCAGCAGCUGAAGUGUUCACCCGCACUAUGAAGGACCAAAAUAGGGCCACAAUCAUUGGAGAGCCAACAAUUGGAGGGUCUCUGUCAAGUGGAACCUACCAAAUCGGGGACAGUGUCCUGUACGCUUCCAUCCCUAAUCAGGUUGUUUUCAGUGCCAUCACUGGGAAAGUAUGGAGUGUUUCAGGGAUUGAGCCUCAUGUUAUUGCCCAGGCAAGUGAUGCCCUUCAUGUAGCACAGAGACUUAUCGCAGCAAAGCUGAUGAAGAGAGAGCAAGAGAAAUAG